UAGACACUUUAAAAAAUGAUACUAAGUGGUUGCGGUUAAAUUUUGCGCAACAAAGCAAUUUGUAGCGCAAAAUCUAAUAAUGAUAAAAGCAUCAUUAUUUGUUAUUUAGGGGUCAGAGGCAGUGCAUAAUUCGUUUGCAUACUACAUGAUCUGCUGUACAGUGUUUACCGUGUAACCACAAGUAGAUGGAGUCCUGCGGUGGUGCACAUCCCUGAGUGUAUCAGGUAUGUUUACUUGAGGACGUGCAGACGUCAAAGCGCACACAACGUAUCCCGGCAUGCAGCAGGAGGCCGUGGAGCGAUCCUGCAGCUGGUAGUGAGUUGCGAGAGCGCCGAGGAGGCAGCAGCAAACGGGCAACAUAGCUCACACGUUUCCCCACUCCAUGUGAGAUAAGCCGAGCCGUUACCUUACAGGCGACAGAAAAUAUGCUGUACGGACGCCUGACGUGUUCCCGAAGCGGCUUUUGAGUCAUCAUUGUCACCCGGUUUUCAUUUUGGAGGAUUCCUCCCUCCAUCCUCCGGAUCGCACCGAACAGGCAAUGACAACGGUCUCAGCAACCCCGCAGCAGAUGAGGGAACGGCUGCUGCAGGCCAUCGACAGUCAGAGCAAUAUAUGCAAUAUGGUGGUCGUACUGGAAGUAAUUGCCUGCCUUGAAAAGUAUCCUAUCACCAAAGAAGCACUUGAGGAAACUCGACUAGGAAAGUUGAUCAAUGAUGUGAGGAAGAAGACGAAGGAUGAAGACCUGGCUAAACGAGCUAAGAAACUCUUGAGGAACUGGCAAAAGCUGAUUGAACCUGGGCCAGCUGUGGCUGCAAGUGUUCCUGGCUCUACCAAUGGCAGUUCUCAUCCCUGCAGAACCGAUGCCUCUCCUUCUGACAUUUCUGUGCCAGGGAAAGGUGUCCCUGAGGUCAAAAUCAGAAAUGACGUUCACAACACGUACUCACCAAAAGCUGAGAAAUCAAGCAGCCGCAAGCGGCGGGCAGAGCACAGAGACAGUGGAGUGUACUUGCAAGAAAAAAUCUCCAAAAUGUCUCCAUAUGAUAACUCUGUUUCAACACCACCCACCAAUGGGAUUGCAGGUAGUCCGGAUGCCCUCCCUGACCAGGAGGUUGUCCCAUCUCCUGACAGAUCUCGAGUUGAGCACCUUGAUAAUGAUAAAAUGAACAGAAUUCCUGUUAAUGCUGUCAAGCCUCGCCCCAGCUCUCCCGGGGUGGCCAAACUACCCAGCACUUCCUCUUUGAUUAAAGUUGCUGUGAUGCAGCAACAGGCCAGAUUGGAUGAAGGAGGCGGGGGCUAUUAUCAAGCCAGAAGUCCCCGUGGUCUCACUACCAGCCCAAGGAGUACGAAGCAAGAUACAAUGACCAAGCGCUCUUCAGCAUAUGCACCAAAAGGAACGCCGGUCCCAAGCCCUUCCUCCAGGGACUCUCCCUUAUCUUUUUCCCACACUGUGUCGUCCCCGGCCUCAUCUUAUGCUGACAAGCUGCCACAUUCUUCUAAUAGGUCUUCAAUGCACUGGGCCAGCAGUUCAGAAGCCUCCUCUCUUUGCCCAUCACAAGACAUAUCUGCAACACUGGAAUCCCCAUCAGUCUCCCCCUCACCUUCUCUCUCCCAGCAGAACUCAGAACCACAGAGACAGAUUUCUGAGGGAGCUAUGGUUGUUUCUGAUGACGCAGAUGGAACAACGGUACCAAAUUCGGAACAUAAAAGGAGGAAGUACAGGUCUAGAGAUUACUCUGUCAACUUAGAUGGCCAGAAAAUGGAGGACACCACUAAACCCGUUCGUUUAAAAGAACGCAGAUUAACGUUUGACCCGGUCACAGGUCAGAUUAAACCUCUGGUGCAUAAAGAACCUUCUCAAACAGAUGAAGCACCCACUCCUGACCCCGCUGAGUCUAGGCAGAGAACUGAAAGCACUGUACAACAGUGCGCUGCCACCGCCACAGUCCCAGGUCCUAGCCCUAACCCCUUCCACCACACAAACUGGAAGGAGCUGUCUAGAAAUGAAAUCAUCCAGUCCUACUUGAACCUUCAGAGCAAUGUCCUCAACUCCUCGGGGGUUCAGGCCCCUAGUGCACACUUUUUCAUGUCGGAAUAUCUGAAAAGGGAAGAACAGGAAAUUAAGGAGUCGCGGAAGAUGCACGUUCUCCAAACGGACAAUUUGACAGAGGAUUUACCGGGCGUGAGCCGGGACGUGACAGAUGAGGACUUGGACAGGAUACACACACAGCACUGGCAGGGGGUGAAUGGCGUUUGUGACACCAAGGGCACCUGGUACGAUUGGACAGAUUGCAUAUCACUGGACCCUCACGGGGAUGAAAGCAAAUUGAACAUCCUGCCAUACGUUUGCCUAGACUGAGGGGGUACGGGAAGGUUGCAGUACUUUUCCACUCCUUUCCUCAUCUCGCCACAGAGACGAGAUACUUUGUGAUUUAAUUUUUUUUGUUUUUGUUCACUGUGAGUUUGGCAAAAAUCAGGCCUGCCAAACUCCACUCCCCCACGCCUCUUCCUCUUUCUGUGAUAAUCUAUUAAGAUUUUGGUAUAAAAGAAGUGUAAAGAUUAAAAGACUAGUUGAGUUUGUAAUAUCAAGGGCUGUUUCUGUUUUAUUUUUCAAACUGAAAGCCACAGGAAUGAGGCCCGUAUUGCAGAGUACUGCUGCUAACCAUAAAGGCAAAAAAAGAAGACAGAAUUAUCCCAGAUCACCCAAAUAGGUGUAACAAUGUGAGGUUUUUCUUUUUUUAAACAUUAUGAAUUGUACCCCUCUUUGAGGCACACUGGGAUGAUGCUGUUUCUUUUUUUUUAACCUGUUUAGUUUCUAACAAGAAGUUUUGAACUAGGGUUAAACCUGAGGGAAGGCUGGGGUUUAGCUGUCCUGCACAGACCACCAUGUUGGUGCCCAGAAAGAUGUUGAUAAGAGUUCAUCUAGCACAGUUAGAGCCGAACAUGUCCAGGGUUUGAAGUUACUGGAACAUAUUUGGCAGUUACAAGAAGCUUUAUGUGAGAUAUAAAAGAGUAAAUUAUAAACUUCUUAUCAUAUAUACAUCUAUUUAUUUUUGACCAGUUCAUUUACGGGAUGUUCAUCAAAACAAAUGUUAAAGAAAAGACGAUAACAACAACUAUAGAUUCUUUUUGUUUUCUCUUCUGUUUGCAUCACUGUGCUCUCAGCUGAAUCUUAAAUGUUAAAGGAAGCCCACGUGCUGUCCUUUCUUUAAGAUUGGCCAGUGCGGAUGUGUUUUGGUUAUUUACAUUCCAGACUCCACCCUCCAACCAACUUCCGCUCUCUCUGUCUCAUCAGCUCGGCUCCUUAAAGGAUCCAGGUCAUGAAGAUUCUUCUGGAGAUGUAACCGUUUUAAAGUAGUGUGGUGCUAAUGCAAAAAGGAAAAAAAAAUAGUGCAGUCAAAUGUUUCCAUCCACUAAUUCUCUCCGAAAUAUUAAAGAAUGUCCCAGCU